CCUGCAACACGGCUAUAUAAUAUGUGCAUGAGCUUGAUGACAUUUGUAUCGCCCUAGGAGAAAUAUAUACGAGCUGCAGAAAGUGGAAAUGAAUUAUUUUUGCAUUGUUACUCUGUUCUGUUUAUUUUUUCUGGAUGGCACUACUUCGUCUUACUAUCCAAACAAAGAGACUGCUUGCCAUCGCGAGUUACGGAUAUAUCAACAGGAACCAAAUGUACCAGGAAGAAGAAUACCUGUCUGUGAUUCUAGAGGGAACUAUGCACAUAAACAGUGUUCUGGAUCUCAGUGUUACUGUGUUUUGAAAAAUGGUACACACAUUCCAGGCUUCUAUGUCAAUGUAUGGGAGGCUGAACAGCAGACUUGUUAUUGUGCACGUGAACAAGCAGAGUACAAAGCAACUGGACUUAUUGGUAAAUGGUUUCGUUGUACUAACGAUGGUAGCUACGACUCGAUCCAGUGUACCGGUCCAUAUUGCUAUUGUGCAGAUCAGCAUGGCAAAAAGAUUGGGCAAUCAUCAGCUCAUAUCACCGAAAUGCACAGCUUAAAUUGUUGAUUAAAGAAAAUAGAUAGA